CCCGAUUGUCAUGAAGAAUCCAUAUUAGCUCCAUCAAAUCCAUAUUCUGCAACAAAAGCGGCUGCCGAAUGUCUUGUACAAGCUUAUCACAAGUCAUUUGGCCUACCGAUAAUUAUCACAAGAAGCAAUAAUAUUUACGGUCCAUAUCAAUAUCCUGAAAAAAUUUGUUCAAAAUUCAUUUGUAGUUUAAUCCGUGAUGGAUCUAAUUCUCGUAAAUAUCUAUACGCCGGUGAUGUUGCUGAUGCGUUAGAUAUAAUUUUACAUAAGGGACAAGUUGGAGAAAUCUAUAAUAUUGGCUCCAAUUUUGAAAUUUCAAAUCUUGAACUUGCUCGGACAUUAAUUCGAAAAUUCGGUUAUAAAGAAGAAGAACAUAUUGAAUUUGUACAAGAUCGUGCAUUCAAUGACCGACGUUACGCUGUAGAUUACCGCAAGUUGAGAGAGUUAGGAUGGAAACCUCGUAUGGGAUGGGAAGAAGGCUUAAAAAAGACGAUUGAGUGGUAUAAAGAACACAGUGAUAUGUGGUGGGGUGAGAUUUCUUGUGCGUUGGUACCACACCCUUUGAAGGCAUUGCCAGCAGUAGAUUACUCAUUAUAA